AGCAGCUCGAACAGCUACUCCUUCAAGAAUAACCAUUUUUUUUUUGUUUUUUUUUUGUCAUUGUUGAUUGGAAUAGAUGGGCAAUAGCAUAGGAAUGCCCAAUGAAAAUGGAAGUUUGUCAUCUACGAAAAGUUUGCGUAAAAAGGCAUCUUCUUCAACGUUGUCGAGUUUAAAACUCUAUCGCCAAGCUAAUCGUUCAGAAACUUCAUUAUCUUCCAAAAUGUCAAGAUCUAGCAACUUCGAAAAGAUACUUGAUAUUAGCAAGCCGACUAAAUUCGAGCAUGGUAUUCAUGUAGAGUACAAUAGAGACAGUGGAAAAUACAUGGGUUUACCCGAUGUAUGGCAAUCGAAUUUACCAAGUGACGAUGUUAUGGAUACGCACUAUGUUACUCCCCAUCUUGUGCCUUCACCCGUCAAACCAGAACGUGAUCCAAGUACAUUACAAAAGACACCGACAUUGAUAGGAAAACCGUAUAAUGUGCAACACAACAUACAUGUUCAAGUGGGAAAAUACGGAUAUAAGGGUUUACCGAUCAAAUGGCAAAAGAUAUUAUUGGCAUCGGGUGUACCUGAAGAAGUCGUAAAGAAUAAUCCUGCUACUGUUAAAAAAUUAUUGCAUAAUAUCCGAAUGCCAGAUUCACUACAAUCAAAUAAUAUUAAAUCACCUCUUUCAUCUCCUACAAGAUGUUCAACUACUUCUUCAAUAUCAUUUGAACAAGAAGAGUUGCCAAUAGGCUAUGCUCCUCCAUCUCGUGCAAGAUCAUCCAAACUUUUACACCUUUCCCUAUUAAAAUCAUCUACAGAUAUACCAACACUUACAGAAAAUACCGAUGAUGUUCCUGUCCCUCUUGUCGAAUCCCAUUUAGCUCUGAAUUCUGAUUUCAUCGAUGACAUUGCCGAUUCUGCUGAUCCAAACACAAUUUAUACCGACUUUAUACUAAUUGCAGAAGGUGAAGCAGGCCCAAUGUAUGCUGCUAAACACAUCACUACAAAACGUAUUGUCGCCAUCAAAAAGAUUCCCCACACAGCAAAAGAAAAACUUUGUAAAAUUAGAAACGAAUUAACCACAAUGAAGAUGAGUAGACAUCCCAAUGUGGUAGAAUUCAUUGCUUGUUAUACCACAGACAAAGACAUUUGGGUCGUCAUGGAAUGUAUGGACGUCUCUUUAGCUGAUAUUAUUUCUGUCGAUCCUGAAGCUGGCCCUCGGAUGCGCGAAGAUCAAAUAGGAAGAGUUGCUCGUGAUAUAUUAAGAGCCUUGUGUAGAAUUCAUCGUCUAAAUAGAAUUCAUCGUGAUAUUAGAAGUGAUAACAUCUUGUUGAACAUGCGAGGAGAGAUAAAGCUUGCCGACUUUGGUCAUUGUGCUCAAUUAUCAAAAAGUCAACCUGAAAGAAAUUCCAUUGUUGGUACACCUUAUUGGAUGGCUCCUGAAGUCAUAAAAGGUUUAAAGUACAGCUCCAAAGUUGAUAUUUGGAGUUUGGGUGUAGUCUUAUUGGAAAUGGCCGAAGGAGAUCCACCCUAUGUCGAAUAUCCACCUUUAAGAGCACUUUUCCUGAUUGUUUCCAACGGAUUACCUGCUCUUAAGGAACCGGACCGUUGGUCAGAACAGUUUAAGGAUUUCCUUUCACUUUGUACGACCACCGAUCCAAAUGAUAGGCCAGACGCUGAAACCUUGUUAAAACAUCCAUUCCUUCGUUCAGUCGGUACAACAGAAGAUACCAUCGAGUUAAUCGAAGACACCAGGCGAUUGGAACUACUUCAGCAGCAGGAACAAGAAACAGAAGAGUUAGCUAUUGGAUCAUAAAUUUAUCGUUUAUAACCAUUUUGUAUAUAAAAAACUAAAUCAUAAUACACUUUUUCCGGUAUAAUUCGCUGGUUAAAGAACUAAAAUACCGCUACCCCCAGAAUUAAAAUGUCGUUUGCCAAGUCAUUGGGAAAAUAAAAUAAAAAUGUCGAUUGAGAAGGUGUGAACUACACAGAGAUUUGCUUUGAAAAAAAAAAUCUGAUUUGGACAAUCAAGAUUAUCUUGGAGUAUUUAAGCUCUUUGCUAAACAUAUAAUUUUUUACCGUCAUGACACAUAUCGCUUUUUUUUUUUUUUUU